CUGGCGCUCUCACCUCUACCACGACCAUCAUAUCCACGUUCCGGCUGGAAUGUCAAGCUUUGCUGUCAUCGCUACACUGGUUGAGGACUGGACUUCGGUCGUGACGUGAAGAUGAAGUCGAAUAACGUUAGGUCGACCUUGAAUACAAUAUCUCUGCCCGCGGAAGUCCCGUACCGCACAUCUGCAUCAACCUGGACUGGAACUCGGAUGAAGCCAGGAUGAAGCUGCCGCCACCGCAGACGACAGGACCUAGAGCUGAAGAUGGCGCAGCUUGGAGAUGUGUAUGGACGGAUGGUCCGUCCGAGUCAGUACCACCAUGAUGGCGGGGAUCUCCGCUCGCACUGGAAGUCGAACAAUCCACGCCUUCGAAGGUCCAACAUCCAACUCGCGGGCCUAUGCUUUCGCCCGUUCGAAAGAGCCACGGAGGCGACAAAACCAGUACCUUUGAGGGCUGCCACAUGCCGUGUGUUCAGCGAACCCGCCUUGGACAUCAUUUGGUCUGAUCAAAAUGGUUUGGGCCACCUCGUCGAGUGUUUGCCGUCGGAUUUGUGGACUAUAUCGGAUGAUACUACCCCGGGGACUUUGACAUUGAGAAGACCUCCGAGGACCAUUACGCAACAGGACUGGGUGCGUUUCGACACAUACGCUAGACGCGUUCGGAAACUGUCCUUUGGUCCACCUAAAUCCUCCUUGCGGUCCCGCACCAUGUCGGCGGAUGUAUUCCACUGGCUGUCCUCGUCAAGGCCCUCCCAUCAACUACUCCCAAAUCUGCGCCGCCUCUAUUGGUCGGACGACAUGCGACCCGGGUGCUAUGAUUAUUUUCACAUGUUCCUUGGCCCACGACUCUGCACGCUGCGCCUUUCAGAGCCUCCACCUCAAUUCACCACCUCUCAUCGUGCGAUCCUUUCCGCUCUGGAUCGCCUUCCUCAAAUUGCACCAGGCAUCGAAGUGCUGAGCGUCUGGGAAAACCAGUGUGAGGGCCUAGACCCCCGACCUAUUCCCGGGCAUGUUUGUACGUUAUGGAGGAGACUAUGGUCUUUGCGUCUGGGAUUGUCCCUGACGAUGACUUACGACGCGUUUGCUGGGCUGUCCGCCUUACCCAUGCUCGCGGAGGCGGCCCUGUCGCUAGCUGGGCCAUUCGACGCAAAUUGUUCAACGCGGAACUACACCUUUCCUGCUAUGCAAACGCUGGACUUAACUUCCGAGACAAUGGCCGACAUCCGAGCAGUCCUAUCGUCGUGUCAUUUCCCCGGGCUCCGGAGAAUGUCCCUGACUUCGCAGUCCGGUCCCAAGGCAGACCUCCUCAAUCGUGUCCUCGAAGCUAUCCACGAACGUAUACCGCAUGCGUCGCUUGUUUAUCUCAAGCUUCAUGCUGGCAAUACCAUGGACGUUGGGGAGAUAGUCAACGCGGCGUCCUUACGGUCCCUAUAUGACUUUCACCAUCUGGUUUACUUCGAUUUCGUCAUGGGGAUCCGCAUUGCCCUCACUGACGACGACAUCAAGGAAAUGGCCAUGUCGUGGCCUCGUAUCAAGCAUCUGGCGUUGUGCAGCAACGCCAGCAAGGAUGCUGUCCAGCAAACAUGGACGAUUGACCCGCGGCCAUGGACGACUAAGCCGACGCUAGAAGGUCUCGUGGACCUCGCCAGGUAUUGCCCCUCGCUAGAGUUACUCGCACUCGAUGCCGACACGUCUGGCGCCGAGGCCUACCUUGAGGUCCACCCUGGUGGCGGUCAUUGCUGCCCAACGCUGCGUGUCAUCCGGCUCGUUUCGCCUCCACUGAGCACCAUCAAGCAAAUCGCAGCGUUCUUAUGCGCGGUCUUCCCGAGCGUGUGGUUUCUUAACGACACAGAUUGCACUGAGGUAGGCGAUACUUGGCAGCGAGUGCUGCGCGCAGUCGAUGUGUUACGGGGUACGGUAUACGAGGACGAAGACGAGGAAGACGAGGAAGACGAGGAA